CGCCGCCCGUCGGACCGGAAAGGUGAGCGCGCGGCCGGGAGCCGGGGAGAGCCGCCCGGGAGCCGCCCGCAGCCGGGGAGCCGAGCGCGGCCGCGGGGACCCUCGACGGCCGGGGCGCGCGGGCCCCGGGAGCCAGACCCGACCCUAGAGACUCGGGCCCCAGCAGCAUGGCCAACCUGCCGGCUACGCCCUCUCCUGCAGAAUUGAUGACCACGCCAGCUUUUCAUGCCCCUGAGACCCUGUCCCCACAAGCUGAAGAGGCCAGCACAGCGCUCAUUGCAGUUGUCAUCACCGUGGUGUUCCUCACCCUGCUCUCAGUGGUGACCCUGAUCUUCUUCUACCUGUACAAGAACAAAGGCAGCUACGUCACCUACGAGCCUGCAGAAGGGGAGCCCAGCGCCGUCCUCCAGAUGGAGAGUGACUCAGCCAAGGGCAGGGAGAAGGAGGAGUACUUCAUCUAGUCCCCAGCACUAAUGCUGCAGUUAGGGAACAUCCGCCCUGAAGCCAUGAGUGGCGUUGAGUGACAUGGGCAAAUCCGCUUGCCUCCCAGGACACGGCCCCCAAUACCAGCAUCACCAACUCCAGGGUCCAGGGACAUGAACAGUAGAGCUGGGCCUUGGUAAGGACAGUGCUCACAGCCAGCCAACAAAGUGGGGCCAUGCUUGUGUUGGAAGGGGCAGAUGUGAGGGAGACCACAGGCUGGCCCACCUCGUCCCCUCCCUGGUUGCCCAGUGAGAGCCUCAAGUGUAGCUAUCCGUGGCUUCCUGGAGGCUGGGUGCCACAGGAAGGCGACUAUACCUCCUCUGUUUGCUGAGCCCUGCCAUUCCCCAACACCCUCGAACUUACCGUUCUUAUCCAGAUUAAACAUUAUGAAAGUCA